GUGGAAAGGUGGUUUAUGAUGAUGAAGAGAUUCAGCACUUAACGCGUAAAAACACGCUAUAACGCAGUGGGUUUCUCCGCUGUGUUGCCAGCCAAAGCGCGUCCGUGUCCACGGCCCAGUUAUUGAAUUGACCACUCAAAUCGUGGCAGCAACCCGCGUUCCCGUGUAGGUAUUACGCGAGUGCGCAAAGCUGUCCGACUUGUAUAGCCUUGGUAUCACUCACACAUACGCUCAUACAUACAGUACAUACUUACUUACACGACAUAUAAUAUAGCCAUCUCGCUCCCAACGACGACACACCCUUCAAGGACCAUACAAUAUCUGCUGCAUAGUAAUUCCGAUUCCUGGGGAAAUUAGCCCAGUUGUUGGUUACAUCAAAGUCCAAUAUCUAUCCGUCCCAAAGCAAACCUCCGCCGCAAUGCAGCUCAAGCGCAAGCGCUCCGAAUCCGAACUCUCAUUGUCAUCCAGCAGCACGGGGAGCGCGUUCAACUCCCCAUCGCGGCCGGGCUGCUCUUCUUCGCACAUGGACACGGAAAACACAUCAUCGUCAUCUCCAGCGCACCGCUUCUUCAUGGCGACGCCCUCGCACCUCCCCAGCCGCACAAUGAAGCGGUUCCGCGACAACCGGCCCUCACAAGAAGAAGUGCAUCAAAGAACGAUAAACAUGCUCUUCUCGGCCGCGCAGAGGCCGCAGGCAGAACAAGACGAACCGACGCCUCGGCCUCGCGCCGUCCAUACACAGCCCCCGGCCCCCACGCCGCCUGCCCGGCACCACGCGCAGCAGGCGUCCCUGCACAGCUUCUGGAAGCUGCCCAACUCGCAGAGCCUCUCCGCCGCCACGGCGUCCGUGGCGUCGCCGCACGUCGACGCGUCCGUUUACGCCCCGGCGGACUGCGAGGACUGCGGGCAGAGGCUGCGCGGCGAUGAUGGCGCCGACGGGGACGUGGAUAUGGACAUCGAUGGUGGCUCCGAGGCUGAGGCGGCGAGCUGUGCCGGGUGUGGGAAACACGUCUGCUCGCACUGCUCCAUCACGAACAUGGGCGAGCGGAGGAGGUGUUUGGGCUGUGCUGAUGAUACGGGGAAGAGGCUGUGGAUAGGGAGUGUAGGGUGGACUUCGAAAAUGAGUGCUCUUGGGAUUUUCUGA